AUGCCACAACCAGGCGUUUUGAUAGGUGGAUUCAUCGCAGUUGAUAAAUUCCCAAAGAAUGCUGCCAUCAAAUAUUAUUUCCUAACGCAUGCUCAUUCAGAUCACUACGGUGCCAUCGAUAAUAAAUGGAAUAAUGGUAAUAUAUACUGCUCGCCUGUAACCGCUCAUGUUCUCCCGAUCGUUACUCAGCGACAUAAAUCGAAAUUUGGUGGAAUCAGGAGCCAUAUAAUUCAUGCCUUGGACCUAAAUGUUUGGCAUUAUAUGGAUGGCUUCUCAGUGAUGCUGUUAGAUGCAAAUCAUAUCCCGGGUUCUGUCAUGUUUCUCUUUGAAGGUGAUCGAAUAUCGGAGGGUCGAAUUCUUUUUACAGGCGAUUUUCGAGCUGAUAUUCAACUUUAUAAAAAUGUAUUGACGGCAUCAGUUUUGCGAGAGAGAAACCUUAGCACAAUUUAUUUGGAUACUACAUACAUUAAUUGCACACGAGAAGAAUUUCCUAGUCGCGGAGCUUCAUCAGCUGAAAUGUGCAACGUUUUGCGUAAGUUAUUUGAUGGUUCUAAAUCGGUAACGAUUAUGGUUCCGAAAGUUGGCCGAGAGCAAUUGCUUGUUGAUGUAGCUAUCGAAUUCAAAUGCAAGAUAUGGGUUGAUUAUAUUCGCUUUCAAGUAGCCGGAAUUCUUGGAUUAAGUGAAUAUUUCACAACAAAUAAGAAAGAGACUUCUAUUUGGACCUGCACGAGACAAGAUAUUCGUUCAGUCUUCUACGAUCCGAAUGUUUAUGUCAUCGAUGUCUCAAUGCUACAAUAUAUCAAGCCUAAUUCAAUCAUUAAUGACGAAAGGAUGUGUUAUAUUGAAUAUUCCGACCACAGUAGUCCUAAUGAAAUACGUGAUUUUCUUUCUCAGUUGUCGUUUUCUAAAGUUAUCGGGCUAUCAGUGAAAUUGUCACAAAAACAGAUUGAAGAACUUGAACGGCUCAGUGUAUCGAGUUUCAGUGAUAUAUUAAUAAGGACUGAAACUAAUGAAUGUAUCAACGAAAAUAAAUUAUCUGCACUAGCUUCAUCAGUUAUUCGGAACAGAAUUGGAUUAGCUAAUGAUCGUGCUUUUGAUGUUGAAAUACUACAGUGCAGAACCCAUUAUGAUCAGAACCAAGAAUUAAAUAGAGCUGAUGAUUCUGUACUAAAAUUGGACAAAAAAGAUACAAACAGAGUUUCUGUUGAAACGAUAUUUGGAACAGAUGUGUCAAUGAAAAACUUACAAGAGCCUAAACUGUCGAAUAAAAAGCUUCGAAGAGUUGAACAAGAAAUUGAGAAAAGUGUUGAAAAUUUAUUGGAAGCUAUUGAUGACGAAGAAAAUUACAAUUUCAAUUUGGCAAUGGAGAAAUUGACACGAGAUGGGGAAAAUCUAACAACAAGUAUUUGCAUGGAAUUGAAUAAUGGAAAUGCAGGAGAAGAUAAUUCGUUGCGUGAUUUUUUUGAUGGAAUCAAUGUUUCAAAGAAACUGGAAAAUUUGGAUAGUUUCAGUGAAAAGUAUUGUAAAGCUGUGAAUGCUGUGGCAAGAAUGCAAAUAGUUCAUGAUGAAAUCUAUAAUACUCAGGAGCAAGUCGUUUAUGACAUUUCACGAGGAUCAGAUUUGCUAGACAUUCCUCACGAGUGGCUGAAUGAAUCAGGUUUGUGA